AUGCCGAAGACAAAAGACGGUAAGACAUGGCAAUGGACACAGGCCGAAGCCAGCGAGUUUUUUAGCUACGCUAGAGGCAGCUUCGACGCCGGUGACCGCCUGGCUCUGGACAAGAAGCUAAGAUGUGCCGCCGAGGACGCCGUAACGCAGCAACGAUGCCCGAGUGACAUUCAGAAGGGGUUCAAGCGGCACGAAGGUGGCGUUGAUCGCUUUCAUUCUCACCCAGCUGCAGACGACAUCAUCGGCGAAUGUGUAGACGAGCUGUGGAGCAGCGACGAAAAACUGGCUGCAGUCGUCGCCGACGCCCUUGAAAACGCGGCAACCACCUACGAAAGGGUCAAACAAAAAGGGAUAAAUGAAGGCCUGAAGGUUACCAAGGAGGUCGACGUGCAACUCAUCCAGACUGCGUGGAAGCAGGCGUUCACCAUGAGCCUCAGCAAAUUCGCCAUGCUGGACAUACAGAAAUGGUGUGCAAGCAGGGCUGCCGAUGGCGGGUUGUGUGCGCUCAGCGAGGAGGAUUACAUGGACUUCACGGGAAACACGAUCCACUCCAUAGUCAAUGAAGGUCUAGGAAUCGUCGCCGGAUACGCAGCUGUGGACCGUUCGGCGAUACGGCGCGAGCUUAUGUUCAUGCAAUAUAACGGGCUCUUUACUAAGAACAAGGAAGUCAUUACUCCCUACCGAGGUUGCGCGACGCUUUGGGUGAAAGCGGAAGAUCUGUCUCCCGAGCACCAUAAGGAAACUCUCAAGGUAAUCGAGAAAAUAAAGCGAGUGCCCUUCGAGUUAUGCAAAAGGUGCAAGAUCAUGCUACAGAUAAUAUCGCACGUCCGCCUGGUGCUGAUGAACGGGACGGACGCGGAGAUCAGACUCCAUGAGGAUUCACUGAACAACGGUGUGAUGUUCACAAUCCUGUACAUCGCAUCUAUCGACUCAAAUGAAGACGUGCACAUCGGCAUAGAGGUAUCGGGGGCGCGGAAAGAUGUAAAACUCGAAACGGAUAUGCUGAUCGUAUUGAGAAGCAACGUACCAUAUGAAGUUAAACCUGUGAACGGCACAGUUUUCAUCGUGAACGCGUGGGUCACGGGCACCAAGUGA